CCAACCGUUUUUCAAAAAUAAAACGGUUUCCCGCGAAAUCGCGGGAAAUGAGCUCCAUUCUCUCCAUGCUGAAACUCUGCAACAGCGCCCAAGUCCUCAGCCAAAUCCACACGAGAUUCAUCAUCCAUGGCGUCGACCAGAACCCAUCCCUCUCCUCCCUCCUCAUUGACCGCUACUCCCACUUCUCCCGCCUCGACCUCUCCCUCAAACUAUUCCAAUCCCUCUCCACUCCACAUUCUCUCGCAUACCACGCCAUUCUCCGAAACCUUUGCAUCAAUGGUGAAUUUCAUCGAGUUCUUGUGGUUUAUCGCCAAAUGUUGGCGCAAUCUCUUCUCCCGGAUGAGUAUGUGUCCGUGUUGGUUGUUCGAGCUUGUGUGGAUGUUUCUUUGUGUUUUUCUGUUUGCUUGCAAGUUCAUUGUCAUCUGUUGAAGUUUGGGCUUGAUUGUUUUGCUUCGGUGGGUAAUGCUUUGGUGGCGAUGUAUGGGAAUGUUUGUGAGAUUGGUGAUGCCCGGAGAAUGUUUGAGGUUAUGCCUAGCAGAAAUUUGCCAUCUUGGAAUGCGAUUAUUUUGGCAGUUGGUGAGUCUGGUGAUUUUAUGGAGAGUUUUAGGCUGUUUAAGAGGAUGAGGUUUGAAGGUUUUGAGCCUGACUUUGUUAGUAUUGCUGGUGUUUUGAGAUUGUGUGUGGAUUUGAACUCUUUAGAAACGGGAAGGUUGGUUCAUUUGUUGGUCAUUUUGAGCAACUUGAGUGGAGAUUUAUCGGUUAAUACUGCUCUAUUGAUGAUGUACUGCAAGCUUGGUGAUUUGAAGAUGGCAAGACGAUUGUUUGAUUGGAUGGAGGAGAAAGACUGUGCGGUUUGGAAUAUACUGAUGUCAGGCUAUUCAAAGAAUGGAUAUCCGGGUUUGGCCUUGGAACUGUUGGUAGAUAUGGGGAAAUCUGGGGUUAGAAUGGAUUUAUUCACAGCUAUUGCUUCUAUUGCUGCGGUCACAGAAUUGAAAUCUCUAAGAUACGCUAAAGAGAUCCAUGGUCAUGUGAUCAGAAAUGGGUCAGAUUAUCAGGUCUCGGUGCACAACUCUCUUAUAGAAAUGUAUUGCAAAUGCUGGAGUCCGGAGAUUGCCAGCAGGAUAUUUGACUCCUUAGGAAACAGGUCUGCUGUUUCAUGGAGUUCAAUGAUAAAAGGCUAUAUUAAUAAUGGGUAUAGUUCCAAGGCUCUGCUACUCUUUAAUGAAAUGAAGAAGAAUGGAGUCAGACCAGAUGCCAUAACAUUGAUCAAUGUAUUGCCAGCAUUUGUGAAUUCAGCUGCCUUCGAGCAAGUUAAAAACAUUCAUGGCUGCUCUAUGAAACAGGGUCUAAACACAAGUGUUUCUUUUAUGACUGCCCUCUUGGUCAGCUAUGCAAAAUGUGGCUGCAUAGAGAUGGCACAAAAGAUUUUUGAUGAGGAAGAGAUUGAUCGUAGGGAUGUAGUAUUAUGGAACUCAAUGAUCGGUGCUUAUUCUAAACAUGGCUGUUGGGAUCAAUGCUUCAAACUUUAUUGUCAAAUGAGGAAUUUGGCACUGAAACCAGAUCUUGUAACAUUUCUUGGGUUACUAACUGCUUGUGUCAACUCUGGCCAAGUAAAAGAGGGAAAGGAGUGUUUCAGUGACAUGGUUGAAAUCUAUGGCUACCAACCUGACCAAGAGCAUUAUGCUUCAAUGGUGGACCUUUUAGGACGCUCUGGGAGUCUUGAUGAAGCAAAAAAACUUAUAGAGAAAAUGCCAAUGAAGCCAGAUGUAAGAGUAUGGGGGCCUUUAUUAAGUGCAUGUAAAUUACACUCAGAGACUGAGCUUGCUGAAUUUGCAGCAGAAAAGAUCAUUUCCAUGGAACCUCAUAAUGCAGGAAAUUAUGUUUUGCUGUCCAAUAUUUAUGCUGCGGCAGGGAAAUGGGAUGAUGUUGCUAGGAUGAGACGCUUUCUCAGAGGUGGAGGCUUGAAGAAAACUCCUGGAAUCAGCUGGCUUGACAUAAAUGGUCAGGUACAUGAGUUCCGUGUGUUUGACCACUCUCAUCCAGAGGCAGAAGAUAUAUAUACAAUGUUAAGAAUUUUGGGACAGGAAAUCAAGCCUGAGAACAAUCAGCCGUAUUAGAGGGGCAGAGCCAUGACACUUGUGAGCAAUGCCAUGGCGUCUUAUUCGUAUAAAAUCCUCAAUACUUAAAAUAUCAUCAGUUGAGAACAUCAUAUAAUACAGAACAUGUUCUUGCUCUGAGUUCAGGAUGAUACAUGAAAAAAGGAGUGCCAGUCUUGUUGCUCUCCACAUUUCUUGAAAGUUGAAGGUUCAUCAACACAAGGCUUCAAUGGUCUCAAAUUUUAUCGGUACUGCUUCUGCUGUGUGUGCUUUUACUCGUCACUUAAGCCAAAGUAACUGCAGCCUGCAGGUACUCAUAACUUCUGAACAUCUACCAACUGUUUCUGCCAUGCUUCCUGAUAAGAAAAUAACACAACACAUGCUUGUUUCUUGGCACUGUAAAUUAUUGUUAGAGACCUCCAGCCUGUCUUCCUAUUAGAACAUGCCACCUUAUUGAUCAUUGUCAUGCAACAUAACCAAAAUUUUGUGGCAUUUUCAUGACACUUCACUCAUUGUACCUACAUGGGUCCCCUGACAAUUUACUUGUCUGAAUAUGUCUGUUCUUUCCUGUCAAACCAUUGACACAUGUUACAUUGCUUUAAUUAAUUUUUUUAGAUCCACAAAUUGCAUUUCCAAUAUAUGAUGCAUCAUCAUUCAUUAACCCGUUUAUUGUUAAUUUAUAUCAUUUGUCCCCUUCUUCAACUUGUAUUGAUGAUUCAAAGUUCAAACAAUAGGAUAUGUUUACAAGGUGCAAUACUAAAACAUCAGAUAAGAUGCAAGUGUAUAUCUUGAAGUAGCAUUGUUUCAUUGGUUAGUUGUUACUUUCAAGUUAUUUAUCAGUUUGCUUUUUAGAGUGAACGUCAUUUGACUCAUUUCUAUAAAUUGAAGCCUUUCUUUUUAAUUAAUUAAUACGCGGGAGACUGGAAAAGGGACCAUUAACUGCUAGUGAGAAUCCAACGGUUGUUGUCAACUCAGUGAACAGUUGCAUAUUAAUCCGACGGCUGUAACCAUUACAAGUCUAUUUGGGAGUUUCUUUUUCAUUUUACUUUACGUAUAAGACAUGAGUUUCCUACCACGAAAUCCAUACCAUUUCUCAAAACAUAUCUCUGCCGUUCGUCUGUUGCGGGCCCCAGCGUUGGAUGGCCAUGAUUAAGUUUUGGUUUUAAAAUUUUGGUUUUUGCCUGGUGGACAUGACGCUUGGUUCUCUUCCAGCUUUUCCUCAUGUUUGUGCUAAUGUCACCCUCCGGUGAGUAUUACCGGGCUUUGGUUUCUCUAACAUAUAAUAAUAUUUUAAAAGAUAAAAUUCUCUUUGGAACAUGUCUUAUUUCAUUCACCCAUAAUUCUAAAAUUUUUAUUUUGUCACUUUUAAUAUUGCAGUUCAUUUUUGUAAUAGAUAAUGAAUAUUAUGUGUUGUGGUUUGAUGAUUGGAUUUUUAUAUUUCUAAGAAUGAGCGA